UCUUCUGUCGCUCCAGAUCCACCCGAAAGUGCUGUACUGAUAUCAGUGCCUGUAAACUCCAGUGUGACGUUACGAUGUGAAAAGUCCCCAAAUAUGUCGGAACUUCAAUGGUUAUACAAUGGUAAUGACCUCAACUUCAACGUGUUACGAGCUUCAGGAGAACACAACUCGUCCCUACAUAUUGCAUGUUACUCUACAAAACACCAUGACGGCGUCUACGAAUGUUAUUCGGGAGCUGCAUCAGCUUCCAUACGAUUGAGAGGUGAAGAAGAAGUCGUUUUACCAGUAGGCUUCCGGCUUUGUCAUAAAUCUGAGAAUGCCGCCUGUGAUCAUGCUCGAGCUUGUAUGGCCGAUGGAACAGGGAAGACAAGCUGUGUGUGCUACUCUGGCUGGAGUGGAGAGUCAUGUAAUCUGCCGCAAGACAUUCAAAAGGCCAAUCUAAUCAAUGUCCCUGUGUGUCCUUAUUGGCCACCUGUUAUAACGUUGAUGGUAUUCAUCUUCUGUGUAUUUAUUCUACUUGUCUGCGUUUACAAAUACAAAAACAGACCGCCUUCCAAGUCUCUCCGAUAUCGCGGUAGCAAGUAA